CAGACACCGACGCGGCGCAAAUGUUACUGCACUGCACGCGGGAAAUAGUUGCGUCUUCAAAGUUGUGACAAACUUUUUAAUUUUCGUGCCGGAUUUUUUUUUCGAAAUGGGUGCCAGUGCUUUUGCCGUGUUGUUGCUGGUGUCAGUGGCGGCCGCCGUUCCUGCGGGAAACUCGAGGAAACAGCCAAUUAUAGAUGACGCAACGGAUCUCAGUGCAGAGUCAUCCGAGAUUGUCCCAGAGGUGGUGGCGGCGCCGCACCAGCAGUGGCAAAGUCAACAGCAUGAGCCUCUGUCCGCGGCUUCGACGUCCGUCCAGACCGACCACUCGAUCGAGCUCGUCGGUGGCUCACAGAUUUUCCCUUCCUUCGCAAACCUCUUCGAACCCCGACAGCAAAGCGGCUACAGAAUAGGCGGUUUCGGUAAUCAAGAGACGGCGUAUAGCCAGAAACCGCAAUCAUACAGAUCGUUGCUAAACUACCCUUUGUUUGGAAACUACAGAAGUCUUGAUGGCUUCGGAAAGCAGAAUAGCGCUGCUUCCGCACCUUUAGUAGAUGCAAGUUCUAGCUUGCUUGGCUCAGGAAACUUUGGAAUCAUUAGAGGAGGAACUUUCUUCGCCCAAAACGAUGAGGACACAGAUGAUUUUCACGACAGCUUUAACUCAUUCUACAAUAAUGGUCACGGCCGACCGUCUCUCGGAUCAGGCUAUAUAGCCAACCCUAGACCUAAUUUCAAUCAAGAGCAGUUCGCUAACUUCAGAGACUUCGCCGACAUCAACUCUCCAUCGAACUCAGCGUAUUCACACUUCGUCGUCGUGUACGCCAACAAAAAUGCAACAUUGGACGAAGUCAGCGAAGAAACCAGACGGGUCGUAUCAGAGCCCAAAAACAUUAUAGAGACAUUAGAACGCCUAGAUGAACCUAAACCGCCAAAGAUUACGAAAUCUAAAGCGAAGCUAGCAGCAACAAAGCAAAAGUUUAACAAAAAGGAGCAGUGGAAGAAAGCGAACUCGAAACAUAUAAGCCCAAAGCACGAUCCGGAAGAACCAUUGCUAGCUUUAAGUUAAAACCAGUGUAAAUACAAAGACUUGCGUUACGUAAGUGAUUGAAGUAGGUACCAGUAGAAAAAUGGUGUGACAAAUGCGUUGAGUGUCGAAACGCCUCUGCCUAAAUUUAAUUUGUGCGUUGUCUGUAGUCUACUUGUGUAAGCGAUAUGAGUGGUAUGUGAAGAUGAGUGAAUGCGCGCGGUUUGCUAUUGAAUGAAGAUUCAAAUAAUAAAUUAAAUUAAGAACCUUAA